UCUCCGCGGACUGAGUGAAUGCAAAACUACUCGGCUUUUAAUAUUGUAACUGAACGUAUUAAUCACAACUGUGUUUGAUUGAGAAAAAUGCUGCAAGCUGAAAAUUUUGCAGAGGAAAAAGAUGAAACUGGACCUUCGGUUGAGUCAGAAAAUGCUGAGGAGAGAAUCGCUGCUCGGCGCCUUCGCAUAGCUGCACGAAUUCAGGCCAGAAAACGACGAGAGCUUGGAGAUGACUUCCAAGAGAAAGAAAAGACCGAGGAAGAAGCUCGGCCCAGUCAGAAACAAGUGGAACAAAGUGAAAAACAUAUGAACAAAUUACAAGAAGAUGGCACAGAAAUGGUGACCAACAUUCUGGUGGCAUCUGAUGCCCGGGAAUCAAAGCGGAGAGCAGAACUAGAGGAGGCACGCAGACUAAGGAUUGAUAAGCUAGAAACUGAAGCCAAGUCUAGCCUGGAGAAGUGUGAGGAGAUCAUGCACAAGUGGACAGUGGCUAAGGCAAAGAAUAUCCCUCAAGACCUGAGAGAUGCUCUCAGCGGUCAGCAGCAGCUCUGUGGCAAGAUCAUUGACAAUAAGAACAAACUUAUCAAUGAAUUGCAACAGGAGCUAAAAGCCAGUGAUGAUCGCUAUGUGAAAGACUUGAAAAGACAGGCCGGAGACGUGGACCUCAUGAUUGAAAGAAUGCAGGAGCAGAUCACAGGUCUAAUGAAGUCCUAUAGAGAAGAGCUAGACCUGAUUGAGAACUCAUUUAGUGAUGAGCGGAAGGCUUUGUUCACAGCCAACAGGAAGAAGUGGGAGCAGCAACGAAAAAAUAGAAGUGACAAAGAGUUGGAGUAUCUGCUGCAGAGGAUGAAGCGGGUGGAGGAGUCAGAGGUCCUGCUGCAGAGACUGAGAGAAGAGGACACUGAGGAGUACAACAAGAAUAAAAUAAAAUUGGAGACUGAUGUAGAGAGUCUGGAGCAGCAACUGCAGAAUAGAAAAGCGACUUACCAACUUAAUCAGGAAAAACUGGAGUACAACUUUCAAGUGCUAAAGAAACGUGAGGAAGAAAACAUGAUUACAAAGUCUCAGCAGAAACGAAGAAUCACCAGAUUACAAGACAUCGUCAACAACCUAAAGAUAAAAUGUGCCAAUCAGGAGAAGCAGUCUAACGAUGAGAACCUGUCACAGACUAAUGACUUCAAGCAAGCUAUGCAGCAAUACAAAGACACACAGAAGAAGAUAAGGCAUUUUGCAGCAGUUGAUGCUAAACGCUUUGAGGAGGUGUGGCUGAUGAACGAGGCUGAGGCUAAAGAUCUGGUGCACAAAGCUCUAGAAACAGACCGGCUCAUCCACGAGCAGGUACUGGGCCUAGAAUGGACUUCUCAUCCACUGGCCUUCAUGGAUCGUUCUGGCCCUCUGCAGCUCCAGGGUCAGGUGGGGUGCACAGCCCACCAAGUGGCCGCUCAAGUCCUUGGAAGUGAGGAGGAGAAAGAGGGAACUUUGAAGGAAGAGACCUGGGCUCCAGAUUCUUAUGGUGGCUUAGAGAACAGAACUGGUGUGGAUCAAAAAACAGUGAAAAGGCUGCUGGAGCUGCUCUGUGAUAAUACGGGCUUUCUAAUAGAGAGUAAGCUACUGAAGCUUCUCUCUCCUCUGGAGAAAAAUGAGCAGUCUCUUAUGAAGCUGGAUUCCAUCUUCUCUGUAUUGGGGAUUGAGACUGAAGAGGACGUAUACACAAUGGCAGAAUACUUUAUGAAAUAUAAACAGCAACACAUGGAUCAGACACAAGAUGACUCCGAAGUUGGUAACCAAGCAAAGGACUCUGAUCUUAUUCACCCAAACAAUGUACUUGCAGCUCUCAGAGCCUUCACUGCCCAGCACUGCAAAGUCAGAGGAGCAUCUCGACAUCAGAGCAGUCUUUAUGAGUUGGAUCAGAGGGAGGACUCUGAGUACUGGGAGAGCAUGGCCAGUGUCAUUCCAGAGUCCAAACUCAAAGUCUGGAGCGCUCUGCAGACAGCUCUCAAGAAAUACCACACUGUGCUGACUGAGAGGUCCAAGCUUCUGUCUGACACACAGAGUCUCAAACAGCAGAACUCAGAGCUCAGCAUGCUCCUCAAUCAAUAUCUCAACUCAAAGGUCAAUGCAGAACUGGCGAUCCCACCUACUCGGUUUAUGCAGUUGGGCCCUGAAUGAGAAUUGGUCCAUUGUUAUCAGAUAAAAGAAUUUAAAUAAGUUUUACAUUUAAAAUGUGAUUUCUUUCAAUGCUUACAUAUAAUUAAUUUAAGCAACAAUAAAAAACAUCAAUUACA